AAUGUUACGACCGGAAGUUGGGCUAUCAUUUACACAUUUCAGCAUUUAUUGUGAAAGACGUUACGGAAGUUCGUUUGACUCGCGCUUGCUAGCUUGACCCGGCUGUGGCUUCAGUUUAGCAAUGCAGCCACACGAUACACAUAAAAAGUAACUGAUGUGAGCACAGCGGGGGAUCGACAUUGACAAACAUGUUGUCCGUUGUGUUUACAACCGUAAAACUCAGAAACGUUUUCUUUGUAGACGGACACGUUGCGCCUGCGCCGUGAUCCUCCGUUUUCCCCAGCUUGAGGUAUGUUGUUGCUUCGCUUGAAAACCAGCAGCUGCUGCACAGAGCAGAGGCGCAGGCAAAGUGCAACAUCAGAGCGAUUCACACGGACAAGACAAGACGACAGUCCGGGGCCGUGGAUCAUAGAGGAGCUCACAUCUGUUAAUAUGGAGUCAUUUGUGCCUGUGGUGUAAACCUGAGGAGUGGUUUCAUGUGGAAGACGCUCCCUGCCGUGUAUUUUGGAUGAUCUCCCACAGCCAGGUCCACGUAUUGAGAUGAUCUAUUUUUGUGAUGGCGAAGGGUCUGUUUCCACGGGCCUGGGUGAAAAAGUCUUUCUACUUCCAGGCUCGGAUCUCCUUUGUGCGGGUGAAGUACCUGUUUCUCACAUGGCUGACUGUGCUGGUGGGGAGCUGGGUGCUCUAUGUGCAAUACUCCGCCUACACAGAGCUGUGCAGAGGACACGAGUGCAAGAACGCCAUUUGUGAUAAAUACAGGAAGGGAAUCAUCGAUGGCUCUGCCUGCAGCAGUCUGUGUGACAAAGAAACACUCUACAUGAGCAGGUGUCUGUCAACACUGCCAAAUAACCAGGUGUACACAGGAAGCUGGGGAGACCACGAUGGGAUCAUUCGCUGUAAGUUGGGGGAGGUCGUGCACUACGAGCUGGGCGAGGAGCCAGAGCCACGGAGAGAAGCCCCCGUGUUCGACAAGCCCACCAGAGGCACGUCGGUGGAGAAGUUCAGAGAGAUGGUCUUUAAUCACCUCAAGUCCAAGCUUGGAGAGCAGGCUAACCUCGCCAGCCUUGUCAGCCAGAUCCUCUCUGUCGCCGAUGGCAACAAAGAUGGACGGGUGUCACUGCCAGAAGCCCGCUCUACAUGGGCCCUCCUGCAGAUGGAUGAGGUGCUGCUGGGCUUGCUGCUCCAAGACCGUGGACACACUCCUCGCCUCCUUGGCUACUGCGGGGACAUGUACAUGACAGAGCGGGUCCCCUACGGGCCUCUGUAUGGUCUGUCUCUACCCUGGCCGCUGGUAUCCUGGGUGCCCAGCGGCGUGCAGCGCACUAUGGACCAAUGGUUCACGCCCUCAUGGCCUCGCAAAGCCAAGAUCUCCAUGGGCCUCCUGGAGCUGGUGGAGGACAUCUUCCAUGGCACCUACGGCAGCUUUCUGAUCUGCGACCUCGCCGCGGCGCACUUCGGCUACACCGACCGCCAUGAGCUCCGCCUGACUAACACCCGAGCGGUGGUUCCUGAGGACGAGUUCAAACGUGCCAUGCGGGUGCUGAAGUGUGAGACGGAUGCUGACUGUGUGUACGGGGUGGACUGCCAGACGUCAUGUGACGUGUCAGAGAAACGGUGCAGGGAGGAGCCAGCUCAGCCAAACUUGGCAAAGGCUUGCAGUGCACUGAAGGAUUACCUCCUGCGUGGGGCGCCGACAGCACUGAGAGAGGAGCUCGAGAGGCAGCUGUACGCCUGCAUGGCUCUCAAGGGCAACGCUGGACAGAUGAACAUGGAGCACUCACUUAUUCUCAACAACCUGAAAGCUCUGCUGUGGAGACAGAUCUCACACACCAAGGACUCAUGACGAGGACAGGAAGUCCUUCUGGAAUUUUGCCAGUCAGUUCCUCACACGGAGCUGAGUAUUACAGAUGCUGUGAUUUAGGAAUAGCAAAUUUAAUGAAGUAGUUAUUAUCAACUCUUAACACUUAUGGUGAAUAAUGAAUGGUGAGACCAGUGGAGACUCUACCUCCUCUAUCCCUGUCUCAGACGUUUGGAGCCUGGAAAACACGUCUGAGUACUUUGAAUUAUAAGACUUAAAUAAACUGAAUGAUUGCAUGUUGCCAUCAGUCACACUUAAAACACUUCAUGCAGCCACAUUGUGUUGUAUUGUUCACCACAGUGGAAUGUUUCAGGGGCACUGCUGGAAAAACAACUCGUAAACAGAUUUUACUGUUGUUCGUCUCGAGAGCUGAGAGAACAAAUUGCUGUUUUUGCCACAAAAUCAUGAAGAUAUUUACAUGUUUGGGAAAAUCAGUGAGUGUUAAAGUGUAAUGAAGCUACACAAUUUUAAGAUAGGCUCCUUAAUUUUGUUAUGUUGAGGUUGCUAUUGAGCACCGUGACACAGUCAGUGAGUGUACGCUUGAAGGAUAAGACUGAUGAUAUUCUAGAUUUUUAUUUCUAGCAAAUCCCAUGAAAAGACCAAAACCAACAGUGCAUAAGUUCAUCUUAGUACCGCCUGAUUUUGACUACACUGCCUCUGGCACAUAGCCCCAAGACCAUUAGUGCCUACUGAAGGUAUUAAUUUUUAAAAACAGGUUACAGAUUUAUACCUUAUUUUUUUCUAAAUGAAAUGAUUUCCAAACAGUAAUAAACAGCACAGCUGCAGGUUAAGACACCUUUGGUGCACUAAUGAGUAUUUACUAGAGCUGGGUAUUGUUUAACAAGCAUAAAUUCGCAAUAGCUGCAACCACAUAUGUCCGUGCGUUCACACGCACAACCUGACAAACAGUUGUCACUAGUCCAAUGAUGCCUCACUACGACAGUAAGUUAAUCAGUUAUGAAAGGGAAUGUGGCCAAAUGGUGUGUGUGCUUUUGUCUUUCUAUAAAGGUUGGUCAUGUUUCAUGAGUCUGUUUUGGAGUCGUAAGCCUUUUUGGUAUAGGACCCCUUCACUCUACUGGAAUGAGAAGCUGAUCAGCUGUCCUUUGGCUCACGAGCAAUCCCGCACACACACAUUUCAGCCUCCUUGGUGGCCUAGGUUGCCAAAGGGUGAGGAAAGGUUUUGUCGACCGACCAUCUGAUUGACUGAUCAACCUAUGGAGCUGGUGGUUGCAGCUAAAACUUACAAUACCAGUAACAAUCCUAGCACCCUUAAAGCACUGGUUCCCAACUGGUGGGUUGCAGGUCCAUUCUGAAUGGACCGCAAGUGAUUUGCAAAUGUGUCACGUUCGUUGAAAAAACACUCUUUAUUUUAGAGUACAGUGAAUUCCCGGCACAGAGCUUUUAUUUUGAACUGCUGUUUCCUGCUGUAGAGUGAGUGACUAAGAGGCAGCUACUUGACAGCAAACGAGCUCAACGACAUGACCAAACGCAAGUAUGACGCUGAAUGUAUUAAACUGUGGGGACCUUGAACUAAUGACAAAGGAGAAAUCUGGACCCCAUGGGUGGACCAGUUGGGAACCACUGCUUAAAGUGAUAUCGAUACCAACACCACUUCAUGCGAUACCCGUUGUGUGAAUGGAAGCAAUCAGUUGCGUAAAAUGCCACCAGAUGCCAAAAACGUGUUAUAGUCAUACUUUAGAACGUUGUGGCCCCUCAGCAUGCUGAACUGCCAACUCUAUUGAAUACUUGACCACAGCAUAGACUAUAUGAGUUGUAGUUACUGUGGUAGUGGGCCAAUCACAUGUUGCAUUAAAUCAAAGAGCACUUGUGGUGAUUGGCUGCAAGCAAUACAACACAGUCUUUUAUUUUUAGAUCUGGGUACAGAAAUGAUCGGAAUCAGGUAUCGUUUGACAGGACAAGUUUAGAUACUACUUGGUAUUGGAUUAUUUUGGUCAAUACCUAAAAGGGACAGUUCACCCCACUAUCAAAAAUACAUAAUUUUCCUCUUGUAGUGCUGUUCAUCAAGCUACAUUGUUUUGGCGUAAGACAAAAAUCUUUAGAAAAGGGAAGUAAUUAUAGAUAAAAUAUUGAGUGGACCUUUGAGACUUUCAAGAGGAUAGCAAGUGAACUGGACGUUCAAAAUGUGUCAGAGUUCAUCAAAUAUGAAGAAUACAGUUUCCAGUAAUGACAGACUGAUGAAUAAACAUUUACUGGAGUCUCACUGAAGUCAUUUCAUUUACAGAACUUUCUUAUUCCCAGAAAACUUUCAGGAAAUUGAGAAAUCAUUACGAAAUCACGGAUCGGUAAAACAAAGCAUUACCCAGAAUUUUUCUUUUAUUUUACAUUUACUGUGUCCUUUAUUGUUGGAGAUAUCAGCCGUAGAGAUGUCUGCCUUCUCUCUGAUAUAAUGGGACUAGAUGGCGCU